AUGGUGCUGCCGCCCCCGGACCGGCGCCACGUGUGCCUGACCACGCUGGUGAUCAUGGGCAGCAUGGCCGUCAUGGACGCCUACCUGGUGGAGCAGAACCAGGGCCCGCGCAAGAUCGGCGUGUGCAUCAUCGUGCUGGUGGGCGACGUGUGCUUCCUGCUGGUGCUGCGCUACGUGGCCGUGUGGGUGGGCGCCGAGGUGCGCACGGCCAAGCGCGGCUACGCCAUGAUCCUCUGGUUCCUCUACGUCUUCGUGCUGGAGAUCAAGCUCUACUUCAUCUUCCAGAACUACAAGGCGGCGCGGCGCGGCGCGGCCGACCCGGUGGCGCGCAAGGCGCUGACGCUGCUGCUGUCGGUGUGCGUGCCCGGCCUCUUCCUGCUGCUCGUGGCCCUCGACCGCAUGGAGUACGUGCGCACCUUCCGCAAGCGCGAGGACCUGCGCGGCCGCCUCUUCUGGGUGGCGCUCGACCUGCUCGACCUGCUGGACAUGCAGGCCAACCUGUGGGAGCCGCCGCGCACCGGGCUGCCGCUGUGGGCCGAGGGCCUCACCUUCUUUUACUGCUACAUGCUGCUGCUGGUGCUGCCGUGCGUGGCGCUCAGCGAGGUCAGCAUGCAGGGCGAGCACAUCGCGCCGCAGAAGAUGAUGCUCUACCCGGUGCUCAGCCUCGCCACGGUCAACGUGGUGGCUGUGCUGGCGCGCGCCGCCAACAUGGCGCUCUUCCGCGACAGCCGCGUCUCGGCCAUCUUCGUCGGCAAGAACGUGGUGGCGCUCGCCACCAAGGCCUGCACCUUCCUCGAGUACCGCCGCCAGGUGCGCGACUUCCCGCCGCCCGCGCUCGCGCUGGAGCUGCAGCCGCCAGGACCGCAGCGCAACUCUGUGCCCCAGCCAGCCCCGCUGCACGGCCCUCCGGGGCGCCCCCGUGGCACCUCGCCCACGCGCGACGCCCUGGACACGUGA